GUAUGUACCAGCGCUUCCAACAAACCGAGUCUGGCAAAUUCAAAUCACCCUCUUAUUCAAACCAAGCAGAUUCAAAUGAGGGUUAGCUAUCCGGAAGCCGGGUGGUGACGCAUCCGCUUUCCGGAAUGAACACCAGCUUUAGCAUGUCAGCUUGCUUCUGUGCCUUCAACGCCCCCUAACCCAUUCUCUCCUCGCACCCACCAUUUCCCCCAGCCUCACCUCGUAGAGCAGGACUCCUCGUUCAGUCUCUUUUUAUCCCCUUGCUCCUUCGUCACCACUAUUCCCUCCGACCCGAUGGAGGGCUCCGACACUGACAAGAAACCUCCACUUGUGACAUCUCUCCGAGACCUGACAAUUAUCGAAGCCUGGGACGAAGAGACAGACAAACCCAAAUACGUCACUUUCUACCUCGUCACAUCCAACGAGGAGGUUUACUUUGGCCAGUUGUCCAAAAACAGGACGGACAUAACUCUCGCCGAGUACAGCUCGGCGCUAGAGUACAUCCGCGACGAGGAGAUCUACCCAGAGGUUUCGAAAGAUGUCACGUUGACGAUUGCGCCCGACAACUUAGAUGACGCCUCAGCGUUUAUCAAGAGGCCCGGGCUAAACUGCUACGAGACCAUGAAAGGAUCCCAAUACAUCCCCAAGGCAGUUCUGGAAGAGACCCUUAUUAUGGAGCAGAUUUCCAAAACGCACCACCCCAACAUAAUUGGAUACUUUGGUUGCCGCGUAAGACGUGGUCGUAUCACGGCGAUUGUCUUGGAGCGCCUUGACCAGACCCUAACACAAUAUGUUCACACGCCCGCUUUUGAGCAACUCGAUAAGGCCAAGUUUCUCGAGGCUCUCAAGUCGGCCGUCGACUACCUGCACUCGCUGGGCUUGGCGCAUAACGAUAUCAACCCAGACAAUAUCAUGGUCAAGAAUGGGAUGCCAGUGUUGAUUGAUUUCGGGUCUUGCCAGCCUUUUGGAAAGAAUCUGCAGUCGCUCGGCACGGAUGGAUGGUAUGAGGAGCUGUUCUUCACAUCGGAGAAGAAACAUGACGAAUAUUCUCUUAGGAAACUACAAGAGUGGUUGCAAAAGCCAAUGUGACAGUCGGGGCAAAACAACUCGACAGAGGUUAAUAUCGUGGGAAAUGAAUUGGAUACUGAAUUUGCCAUUGUUUACUAUUUCCCUUUGUUUUCGUCUCAAUAUGUUUACCAAAAGAGAUUUCCAUUCCCCAGAGGACAGAUGCAGAGCUAUUUAUCAGGGGAAAAUGGCGAUUGGAACGGUGCAUUUUCUUUGAAUUGAUUGACCAAUCUCCAGAGCUAAAUUCUGCGUAUAUGAUGCCGUUUAAAUAGCUGUACAGGAGCUUGAAUUGAAGCUGUAGACGCACGGGUUUUGAAGCACCUUGAGUUGAGCAUAAAGGAGGAUGCUGAAGGAUACUGUAGGAUGCGAUAGCUGUCAAUAGUCAGUGGAUGUCCGGCCGUGCGUAGGGCAGCCAAAAAAGAAUGUAAUUAACCAUCUCGAUAUAUAAUGAUGAUAAUGAUGAUAGCGAUUCAAAAGCACGAGGC